AUGGCGGAACACACUUUUGCAAUAGAGCGUUUGCACGGCUGUUGGAAAAUGAAUGCAACAAGGACUGAUUGGGCAAGGAAGCUGGAUGAUGCAUAUUGGGCAUACCGCACAGCCUUUAAAACUCUAAUUGGUAUGUCACCGUACAAGUUGGUAUUUGGAAAGGCAUGCCACCUCUCGGUGGAUCUUGAGCACAAAGCACUUGGGGCAUUGUGGCAGUUGAACUUGGACAUGGAGACAGUAGACACUAACAGAGUCACUAGGUUACAUGAGCUAGAGGAAUUCAGGUUCCAAGCAUUUGAGAGUGCUAGAUUAUACAAACAACGGAUGAAACUGAUGCAUGACAAGCACAUUGUGGACCAAAACUUCAAAUCCGGAGAGUUGGUGUUGUUAUACAACUCCAAAUUGAGAUUGUUUCUGGGUAAGUUGAAGUCCCGAUGGUCAGGACCCUUUAGAGUGGUGCAAAUGUUCCCAAGUGGAGCUGUCGAGAUUGAAUCAGAGGAUGGGACGAAUAAGUUCACAGUGAAUGGUCAAAAGUUGAAACAUUACCUUGGAAUGGCAAAUGAGAAAGGGGACAGAGAGAUAACAAUGUUGGACGAGCCCCAAUACGUGAAUGAGGAGUGA